UGAAAAAUAGAAAACAAAAGAGCUCCCUCGUACUCCCUCCUUUGACACUCUCUCUCCUCCAUUUUCAUUCUUUCCUCUACAUCGACUGCGAUUCCGACGCAAAUUUCACGAACUCCUUCAAUUUAGAGAGAGAAGAUCUCCAUUUCCUAAAAACCAGCCAAAAUGAUCCGACGCUUUGAUCGGAAUUCACUGCAAAUUUUCGUUAUUCUAGGGUUUUUGCUCAACAUUUCUCAAUCCCUGAGAUUUGAUCUUCAAUCUGGGCACACAAAAUGCAUUUCCGAAGACAUCAAGAGUAAUUCCAUGACCGUCGGAAAGUAUCACGUCGUCAAUCCCAAUGAAGGCUAUCCUAUGCCCGAUACUCACAAAGUCACUGUUCGGGUGACAUCGGCGUUUGGGAAUAACUAUCAUACGGCAGACCAUGUGGAAACUGGGCAGUUUGCGUAUACUGCUGUGGAAUCAGGGGAUUAUAUGGCGUGUUUUUGGACUCCUGAGCAUAAUCCGGCUGUGACUGUUACUGUUGAUUUUGAUUGGAAGACUGGUGUUGCUGCAAAGGAUUGGGGCAGUGUUGCUAAAAAGGGCACCGUUGAGGUCAUGGAAUUAGAGCUAAAGAAGCUAAUGGAUGUUGUAAAUUCCAUUCAUGAGGAAAUGUUUUACCUUCGUGAUAGGGAAGAAGAGAUGCAAAGUUUGAAUAGAGCAACCAACUCCAGAAUGUAUUGGUUGGGUUUUCUAUCACUUGUUGUAUGCCUAACAGUGGCGGGCUUGCAAGUGUAUAUCUUGAAGAAUUUCUUUGAGAGGAAAAAGUUGCUAUAGAUAGUUCAUUUAAAGUAUCACUGUAAAAUUUUCCAAGCCUGUAACGUUAUCUACCGAAUAGUUAAUCCACUUGAAAUUUAUGUUUUCCGAUUAAUAUUUUUGACACUUUUUUCA